AUGAUAUUGCUGUUAUCGAAUUUUAUGUCGACUCGCUCGUCGGUCGGAUUACCAAAGGCAGCACAGGCUGCUGAAGACGGCGAAAAAUUGGAGACCAGAGCCUGCUUCAAUUCUUCUGGCAGCUGGUGGCAUAGCAGCACGGCGAUGACUGCCGAAGAUCGACAGGAGGACGACGAAGAGACCAAUGAGCAACGAAGCCGCUACUCUUUUUGA